AUUUUAAAUAUGUUACGUACAUGUUAUGGAUGAGAGUGAUGGCAGCCGGAAAAUGAGAUGGGUUUCCACAACAGUAAACAUAAAUGAUCAUAUCAUAGUGCCCCAAAUCGCCGAUGAUAAUAUGGAUACCGACAAGUUGGUUGAAGAUUAUAGAUCAAACAUAAGCACGAUCACUAUUGACAUGUCGAAGCCUCUACGGGAUAUUCACAUCCUUAACGUGAAAACCUCACAUGCGGAGGCAACUUCUAUUUGCCGUUUUCACCAUUCUCUUGGGGAUGGAAUUGCCCUCAUAUCCCUCUUACUCUUUUGUUUUCGGAAAAGUUCAAAUCCUACUUCCUUGCCCACACUCCCAGUUUCUUCUUCUUCUUCGAAGGACAAAUCGAAUUUAUCAAUAAGCAAUAAAAAAAGUAUUUGGUAUUUGAUAUGGCAGUAUCUUGAGAAGUUUUGGUUGUUCAUCAGGCUUUUGUUCAAUACAGUUGUUGAUGUUUUGUUGUUUAUAGCGACUGCUCUAUUCUUGAAGGAUUCUCAAUCACCAUUUACAGUUGCACGAGGUUUUGAUAAGUCGUCAACUCGUCAGAUAUUUAUCUAUCGGACUAUUAGUUUGGAUGACAUUAAAUUUAUAAAGAAUGUGACAAACGCUACGGUUAACGACGUUAUACUGGGGAUAACUCAAGCAGCCUUGUUUCGUUAUGUCCAAAGAGGACACGAAGUUGGAGGGAAGAGGAAGUUUUCGCUAGAACGAAUGAGAUGCAGAGCUACUAUUCUAAUAAAUCUUAGACCAGCAUUAGGAGUCCAAGCUGUAGCUGAAAUGGUUGAGAAGAAUGCCAUUGUGAUACAAGGAAAUUGUUUUGGCUUUAUCAUAAUUCCCUUAACUAUUGCCCAAUUAGAGAAUCCUCUCAGUUAUAUUCACAAAGCUAAUAUAUCAAUGGAACGAAAGAAGCGUUCUCUUGAGUCUCAAUUCACCUUUUACUUUUUACAGCUUUUCCUCAAAUUCUUUGGCUUUAAGGGUGCGACAAAACUUGCUCAAAAAGUUCCAUCCCAAACAACACUAGCCUUUUCAAACGUAGCCGGACCGCUUGAAGAAGUAUCUUGCGCAGGCCAUCCAUUGGCAUUCCUUGCCCCAACAUGUUAUGGACAUCCCACAGGGCUAAUGGUUCAUGCAUGUAGUUAUGCCAAGAAGUUAACAUUUGCUAUAGCAGUUGGUGAAGGAAUAAUUCCAGAUCCAGACCACCUUGGCGAUGAUUUUGUGGAUUCAUUCAUGCUUAUCAAAGAGGCUGCACUCGCAAAAUUGAGAACCAAAGUUGACUAGCUCAUUAACUACACAUUUGAAAUCUCCUCAAUAGAACUUGAAACUUGGUCCUUAUGUGAUGAUUAACGAGUACAUUUAUGAUAUGUACAGCGUAUUGCAAAAAUUAUAUUUGAUUAUAUAAUAUUGUUGUAUCAUUAUCAAGUAGCAUUAUUGUA